AUGAGUGAUCAAGUCACUAUACCUGAACUGACCCGGGACUGGACCAAAGAGCAUGUGAAAAAAUGGGUAACUGAGGACCUUAAGGUUGAUGAGAAAUAUGGGCAAAUUCUGUUGAAUGAAGAAGUAACAGGAUUAGUCCUGCAGGAAUUAACUGAAAAGGACCUUAGAGAUAUGGGGCUACCACGAGGCCCAGCACUUUUGAUAAAACGUGGGUAUAACAAAUUAAAUACAAGUUCCCUUGAAAAUCACAAUCAGGAUUCUGGACAAUUUGAUCAAACAAAAAAGUCUAAAAAAAAACAAAAAAAAACCCCAGAAGAGACAAAAAAGGAAGAACCAAUAUCAUCCAAUAUUGAUCAUGAUCUCACAGAGAUCAGAAAUGCCAAAGAACAAGAAUCAAUUCUUACAAAAGUAAAUGCAACAAUUGAACAAAGCAGAAAAAAGAAUGAGCUAAAAACUCAACCAGUGACUUGCAUGCCUUAUCCUUUUGACCAAUUCCAUGCUGGUCAACGUUACACAGAGCAUUGUGUUCUACCACCUGAGACAGGACCACUCAAUCUCAUUGACCCCAUACAUGAGUACAAAGAAUUCACAAACACAGACAAUGCCACCGAAAAGGACAGUCUGAUGAAAUUUAGCAAUGAAGUCUUCAAAUUUGCAUCAGCUUGUAUGAAUUCACGCACAAAUGGUACUAUCCAUUUUGGAGUCAUGGACAAACCCCAUGGAGAAAUUGUUGGUGUGAAAAUCACUGAUAAGGAUGCUUUCAUUAACCACUUCAAUCUAAUGAUUCAAAAAUAUUUUGAAAAAAGUCAUAUCAAGGAAGCCAAGAAGUGUAUUCGGGAGCCAAGGUUUGUGGAAGUCCUACAGCAGAACAAUACACUAUCUGACAAAUUUGUCAUUGAAGUAGAUGUUAUUCCAAGUCACUAUGUGUGUAAAGAAAAGCAUUUCUGCGUUACCAUGCAAAAUUGUAAAGAUGGAUCAUGGAGACCAAACAAAGAGCAUUCGCUAUUUGUGAGAGAUGGAGCUGGCUGCAAGGAUAUCCUCGCCAAUGUCAAACAGCAGGAUGCAGAUUUCAAUGAAUUCAUACGAAAUAUAAACUCAAUGGUAGCACUUCGAAAAGAAGCAGAAGAAGAAUUUGGAGUGAAGGCAAAUAAGAAGAAAAGUGAAGGACUAAAACUGGUUAAACAUCUCAUCGGAAGCCAAGACUCGCUGGAUAAUUCAUGUUAUGACUGGUACAUUCUUGUUAUAAAUAAAAGCCAUCCAAACCAAACAAAGCACUUAGAUUUUCUAAAAGAAAUCAAAUGGUUUGCUGUGUUGGAGUUUGAUCCUGAAUCUGAGAGCAAUGGUGUGGCUAAAGCUUACAAAGAAAGUAGAAUAGCAAACCUACACUUACCAAGCCAAUAUGAAGAAAAGACAGCUACCAUUAGAGAGGUGGUAUCUACUCUGAAUCUUUACGAGCAGCCCAGCUGGAUCUUCUGCAACGGCAGAUCAGACUUAAGCGGUGAGAUAUAUAAACCUCUAGAACCACAUUUAUGGCAGAGAGAAAGAGCUUCUGAAGUCAGAAAACUUGUUUUCUUUCUCACAGAUGAAAAUAUAAUGACAAAAGGGAAAUUUUUGGUGUUAUUUCUAUUACUGUCUCCAGUGGACAUGCCAGGGGAUCCACUCAUUGAAACUUUCUGUGCUUUCUACCAAGCUCUCAAAGGAAUGGAAAAUAUAUUGUGUAUCUGUGUAAACUCACAGAUUUUUCAGCGAUGGAAAGAUCGACUACAGACAAGAUUGACAAUAGCAGAUGAAUUAACAGACCACAGUAUUUCCACUCUAAAUUUAGAGCAGAUAAAUUGCACUAUUCUUAAACAAAAAUCAGUGAUUCAGUCAUCAAAGAGGUUUCUGCCCUCUGGUGGAUCUUCUUCUGUUAUCCUAGAGAAAAAAGAAGAGGAUGUCUUUACUGCGCUAGAAAUACUCUGUGAAAAUGAGUGUAAGGACACAGACUUAGAGAAAGAUAAAACUAAAUUCCUCGAAUUUAAGACAUCAAAAGAAGAACACUUUUACCGAGGUGGCAAAGUAUCUUGGUGGAACUUCUAUUUUUCUUCUGAAAACUAUUCUUCAGCUUUUGUCAAAAGGGACAGUUACAAAAUGCUUAAAGAGUCGAUAGAGUGCUGGGCAGAAUCUUCUAAACCAAUAUUUGCAAAAAUCGUCAAUCUCUAUCAUCAUCCAGGCUGUGGGGGGACUACACUGGCUAUGCAUGUUCUCUGGGACCUAAAGAAAAGCUUCAGAUGUGCUGUGUUAAAAAAUAAAGCAACCGAUUUUACAGAAGUUGGUGAACAAGUGACCAGUUUGAUCACCUACAAGGCAUUUAGCCAUCAGGAAUACAUGCCAGUACUUCUCCUAGUGGAUGACUUUGAAGAAUUGGAAAACAUCUACAUUCUACAGAAUGCCAUCCAUUCCAGUUUAGCAGAGAAGGGUUUGCGAUAUGAAAAACCAUUGGUAAUUAUCUUAAAUUGCAUGAGGACCCAGAAUCCUGAAGAUAGUCCAAAAUCACUAAACAACGUUGUACUAAAAUAUCAGCUUUCUUCCAAAGAACAAAGAGCAUUUGAAGCCAAACUGAUGGAAAUAGAAAAGCAACACAAGAACUGUGAAAACUUUUAUUCCUUUAUGAUCAUGAAAAGCAAUUUUGAUGAAACGUAUGUAGUAAAUGUUGUCAGGAAUAUCUUUAAAGGACAGAAUGUUGACAACAAAGAAGCAAAACUCAUUUCUUAUCUGGCUCUACUCAAUGCUUUUGUUACUGAUUCUACAAUUUCACUGUCAAACUGUGAACGUUUUUUAGGAAUCACAUGUAUUAAGGCACCAGGGGUUCUUGAAACCCUAGAAAGCAAGAUGGGAGCCUAUUCUACACUUCUAAUAAAAACCGAAGUUCCAGACUAUGGGAGAUACACAGGUGUGCGCAUCAUCCAUCCUCUGAUUGCCAUCUGUUGUCUAAAAGAACUGGAAAGCAACUACGACUUGGAUAAAAGUCAAAUUGCACUAGAGUUGCUACAGGAGAAAUUAUUCUAUAAUUCUGGAAUAGGAAGAGAUAAAUUUCUCCAUGAUGUGCAAACACUUCUACUUACGAGACAGCGCAAGGAGCAUGGCGAUGAAACAGAUACCUUGUUUUCCCCAUUAAUUGAAGCUUUACCAAACAGAAAAAUUGAAGAGGUCUUGAAAGCAGGAAGUAUUCGAUUCCCACAAAAUGCACUUAUCUGCCAAGCCUUAGCAAGAUAUUUCUACAUUAAAGAGAAGAACUUCAAAACUGCUCUUCAUUGGGCAAAUCAAGCCAAAAAGAUAGCACCUGAAAACUCCUAUAUCUCAGAUACACUUGGUCAAGUCUACAAAAGUGAAAUAAAAUGGUGGUUGGAUGAAAACAAAACCAGUAGGAAUAUUACUGUUACUGAUCUAGAACAUUGCUUAGAAACAGCUAAAAAAGCCUCAAGAGCUUUCAAAGAGUCCCAACGCCAAACUGAUAGUAAAAACUAUGAAACAGAGGCCUGGUCACUACAGAAGUCCCAAAGAAAAUAUGACAUGUAUAACACAGCUGGUUUCUUGGGUGAAAUAGAAGUCGGUCUUUAUGCCAUCCAGAUUCUUCAGCUCACUCCCCUUUUCCGCACAAAAAAUGAACUCUCUAAGAUAUCUAUGGCAAAGUUUUUAUCAGAAAUAGGAGAUGGUCCAGCUGAUCCAAAAAACGAAUAUCUCUCAACUCUUAAGAAUGUCGCAUCCUACCUACAAAAUUUACAAUCAGAUUUGAAAAGGUGCUUUGAUUUUUUUGUUGAUUAUAUGGUUCUUUUGAAAACAAGGAAUGCCCAGAAAGAAAUUGUGGAGAUCACAUUAAACAAGAAAGUCAGCCGUUGUUUCAAGAAAUACACAGAACUUUUUUGCCAUUUGGAUGUGGAUACAUUAGAAAGCAAAGUGUUAUUCCAAGAGGAAAAUUGCAGGAAAAAACUAGAAAGUCUAAGAGCAGACAGGUUUUCUGGACUUCUAGAAUAUCUUAACCCAAACCACAAAGAUGCUGCAAACAUAAUGGAAAACAUAGUGAACCAAUACAGCUUCCUGUUUAAGCAAAAUUCAAAUAAGAGGCUGAUAAAGGAGAAACAAAAUUUCAUAUUGGCAAAUGUUAUUCUCAGUUGUCUAAAACCCAGUUCCAAGUUUAUUCAGCCAUUUACCACACUGAAAAAACAGCUCAGAGAAGUCUUGCAAUUAGUAGAAUUAACUCGUCAAUAUCCAGACCCUUACUUCUUGGCUUGCCUCUUAUUCUGGCCAGAAAAUCAGGAGCUAGAUCAGGAUUCCAAACAACUGGAAAAGUAUGUUUCAUCUUUAAAUAAAUCCUUUGUGUACCAUUACAGACGCUUGUGUCGGUCCAAGCAGGCCAGCACACUUUUCUAUCUGGGGAAGAGCAAGGGUCUCAACAGUAUUGUUCACAAAGCUGAGAUAGAGCAGUACUUCAGUAAAGAACAAAAUACAAAUUCCUUAUGGCACAGUGGCGAUGUGUGGAAAAAAAAAGAAGUCAAAAACCUCCUACGUCGUCUAGUAGGUCAGGCUGUUGGAAAAGUGAUCUAUAUAGAAUAUGGCACAAAGGAGAAAAUAAAAAUACCAGUGGUAUCUGUUUAUUCCGGCCCACUCAGAAGUGGCGGGAACAUAGAAAACGUGUCCUUUUACCUAGGAUUUUCCAUUGAAGGCCCUCUGGCAUAUGAUAUUGAAGUAAUUUAA